UCCUCCGGCUCGGAAUAAGCAUUUAAUUUCUAGAGCCCUAUUAUUUCUUCUUGGGCUUCCAGGGUCCAUUGCGUCUGAGCUGAGAUAUUGGACAGGAUCUAGAGCGGGGUGAAACCCGGUUCCAACAGUGGUGAAUUAUGUAAUGUGAUAAGUCUCUCAUGUUCCAUCCAAAUGGUGUAUAUAUGAAAUUUUUUAAUUUACUAGCCGUACGUACGUAUUUAGUGGCCAACGAAAGGGAGUAUAUACAGGUAAAUGUGCGGCAAGCAGCCGGAGGCAGGAAAAGUCAACGAGAACAUGAUUGGUUUCAAAUUAAGCUUGUGGAGUUAAAACAGGUAAGAUAAGAUACUUGCAGCGAUAUUCAGAAUCUAGCAGACAAGAUCUGAGACUGAGAGUGAUGAACAAGGCAACUGAAUUGGUGGUAGAUGCUGGUGUGGGAGCUGUUGCCUCUGAGAUCCUGAAAGUAGUGAUUACAGAGGCGAAGCUGGUGUUAGCUUUCAAAUCUGUGUCUAAGGAUCUCGCAUCGACUAUGGAGGAAUUGGUUCCGAUAGUCAGAGAGAUCGAACAGACGCAAGGUGUGGAGGAAGUAGAGGAACUAAAGACGCUGAAGGAUACUAUCGACAAAGCUCGUGUGGUGGUUGAGGAGUGUAAAAGCGUCAAGAAGUGGGAGAUACACUUAAAACAUUAUUAUACAAGAAGAGUUUAUAAAAUCAACAAGAAGAUGCUCGACUUCUGUCAGGAUCGAUCUUAUGGAUGUUCGCCGCGCGUUUACACGAAGCUUUCUUCAGUUCCCAAGAUUGAUGAUAAGGUUCAUGUUGGACUGGAUUGGCCAUUGAUGAAGCUUAAAAUGAAGGUCCUUGAUGAUUCCCUGGACCGUCUUCUGGUGUCUGCUUUCCCUGGAUGCGGAAAGACCACCCUCGUUACUCAUCUUUGCCACAACCAAAAAAUCAAAGAUAAGUUCAACCAUAUCUUCUAUAGCCUAGUGUCAGGUACUCCUAACUUUAGGAAGAUAGUGCAAAAUUUACUCCAGCACAAUGGUUACGAAGCAGUUACAUUUGAGAACGAUCCUCAAGCAGCUAAUGCCUUGAUAGAUCUGAUUGAGGAACUCACAGAAGACGGUCCUGUAUUGUUGGUGUUGGAUGAUGUGUGGCUUGGAGCUGAUGAUUUUCUUAAGUAUUUUCGGUUCAAGUUACCAGGUUAUAAGAUUUUGGUGACCUCUCGGUCUGACUUACCGAGUUUUGAUUACACUUACCCUUUACAACCUUUGAAUGAAAAAGAUGCUAAAGCCCUUCUCCUUCACGUUGCACCGCGGCCUUAUAACGCGCCUCAAGCUGAGUAUGAAGAACUUCUCCAAAAGAUAUUGAAACGUUGCAGUGGACUCCCACUCGUAAUUGAAGUAGUUGGCGUCCCACUUAAAGGAAAACCUCUCUAUUAUUGGAAAGGCCAAGUGGGAAGCUGGUCUGAAGGGAAAACAAUUCUUCGUAAUCCUCGUCCUAGUGUGCUAGAAUGUCUGGAGCCCAGCUUCACUGCCCUGGAACCCCAUCUUAAAGACUGUUUCAUGGACAUGGGCUCAUUUCUUGAGGACCAAAAGAUACGUGCUUCCGUUAUAAUUGACAUAUGGGUGGAACUAUAUGGUAAAGGUACUCCUGAUAGUAGUUUCGAGUACAUGAAAUACUUGCAUGACCUUGCUUCCCAGAACCUGCUUAGACUUAUUCCUCUCGGGAGAAAUGAUCACGAGGAUUGUUUCUACAAUGAGCUCCUAGUCACUCAACAUGAUAUCUUGAGGGAGCUUGCCAUCCAUGAAAGCAAAUCAGAAGCAGUCCUGGAACGAAAAAGACUCAGUUUGGUGAUACAAGGAGAUGACUAUCCUGACUUGUCUUUGAGUAAAAGGGAGUCUACCCGCUUCCUCUCUGUCUCUGCAGAUGAUUUGUUCUCGUCGAGUUGGGAGGAAAUGGAUUCAUUUCAGUUCCCUAAUGUCGAGGCUUUACUUCUUAACAUCUCUUCAUCAAACUACGCAUUGCCACGCUUCAUUGAUACAAUGCAGAAACUCAAAGUUGUGAUUAUCAUAAAUCACGGUCCUGGUCCUGCAAUAUUGACCAACUUGUCGUGUCUCAGCUCGUUAAAGAAACUGAAACGGAUCAGACUGGAUAAAGUUUCAAUCACUUUUCUGGACAUUCUCCAGUUGCAGCUUGUCAGUCUGAAGAAGCUGUCUUUGUUCAUGUGUUGUUUCGGCGAGGUUUCUCAUGACAAAAAUGAAAUAGAUGUCUCUAAAGCUCUAUCAAGUUUACAAGAAAUGGAUCUAGACUACUGCUAUGAUCUCGAGAAGUUACCUAACUGGAUCUCUGAAGCUGUUUCGUUGGAGAAACUUAGCAUCACAAACUGUAAUAAGCUCUCUAUGCUUCCUAAAGCUAUAGGCAACUUGAGUAAGUUGGAAGUGCUGAGGUUGUCUUCUUGUAUUAGUCUCUCUGAGCUACCCGAAACAACUGCGAGACUCAACAACCUGCAGUUUCUGGAUCUUUCUGAUUGCUUAGGAUUGAGAAAGUUGCCUCUAGAGAUUGGGAGACUGGAGAAGCUGAAGAAGAUCUCUAUGAACAAGUGUUGGAAAUGUGAACUGCCGGAUUCAGUGAGGAAUCUAGAGAAUCUCGAGGUGAAAUGCGAUGAAGAAACUGCGGUGGUCCUGUGGAAAUUGUUGAAGCUAAAAAUGAGGAACUUGGAUGUUCAAGUGGAGGAAACAGAGCACAACCUGAACUUGCUUCGACAUUGUCACUAGCUUUUGCGUGUAUGUCUCUUGUAAUGUUGUUUAUUCGUCUCAUCAUCCAAAUGUAUCAUCAUGCUUCUGCUUUCGUUGAUAAAACUGUCUACAUUACAUACUUGAUUUUGAGUUUCCGGCUACUUUAGACAA